AUGUCCAAGGUAUGGAAGAAAAACAUCAUUGCCCUCGUUGUGGAUGAAGUACAUUGUAUAUCAGAAUGGGGAGAGGACUUCAGGAAAGAAUUUAGACAUCUACAUGAGCUACGAUCGGCAAUACGCGCUCCAGUUUUGGCACUGACGGCUACGUCAACUGAGGCGGUCAAGCAGGAUAUAAAGAAAUACCUUCAAAUUGACGAUGCCAUAGUUAUCUAUACAUCCCCAGACCGUCCUAAUAUUUUCAUUGAUUUCACGAAAGCUGAGUCAACUGAUCUGGAGGGAAAAUUCUACUGGUUGCUAUCUUAUUUACGCGAGAAAAAAUCUGCAGCGAAAAAGAUAAUUGUGUAUUGCCGUAGCGUAGAUAAAGUUGCAGAGGUUUUCAUUUUACUCCGGCGCAAUUUGGGACUCGAUGCAUAUGUAGACGGAAUAAAAGAUUCCAGCCAUGCUCUUGUUGAGAUGUUCCACAGACAUGAUGAAUCAAAAGCAAGAAUCCUGAGGAACUUUAAGGACCCUGACUCCAAUUUGAGGUGUUUAAUAGCCACAGUUGCUUUGGGUAUGGGGAUUCAAAUUGAUGACGUAGAUAUCGUGAUGCAUCUUGGGAGUCCGAAAUCUAUACUGUCGUACUGGCAGGAGAUGGGCAGGUGCGCAAGAGACGGACGACCUGGAUAUUCCUAUGUCCUAUACGACAACUUCACCUUGUCAUGUAAAGGUACCCAAAAGGACGUGAAAUCAAUCGUGAAUGUAGAGACGUGUUUCAGAAAGACUGUUUUGUCAUACUUAGGUGACAAGACAGACCCAAGUGUACCAGAAGUGUGUAACGGAGACUGUGAUACAGAGCGGUGUCUCUGCGCAAAAUGUCUGUGCUGCUCUCGCUGUCAGCAGCAGUGUCCUAGCAAGGAGAAACAGUUUGAUAUAACAAAGUUUGCAAGCCUUACUGACGGCCCUACUGACCAACUAUAUUGA